AUGCCCUCCAUCCUCAACGACGACGACAAAGACACCGUCAAGCGCUUCGUGCCCAAGCAGUCCAACAAGAUCCAGGCCGUCGCCGUCGCCAAGCUCUACGUUGCAUACCCCAAUCGCUCGAAAUGGACCUACUCGGGACUGCAGGGCGCUGUUGUGCUGGCCAACGACUUGGUCGGAAACACCUACUGGCUCAAGAUGGUGGAUAUUUCGCCCUCCAACCGCGGGGUCAUCUGGGACCAGGAAAUCUUCGAUUCAUGGAGCUACAACCAAGACCGAACCUUCUUCCAUACCUUUGAAUUGGAGGAAUGCCUCGCCGCGCUCAGCUUCGUCGACGAAAAAGAGGCUAAGCAGUUCAAAAAGAAAAUGGACGAGCGAGAAAAGAAUGCUAGCCGAGCCACGAAAGCAACGCCUUUUGGCGGAUCCAACCAUGCAGCGGGAGGAGGUCAAAAACACAGCCUGCUGGGAAACAUCUUCCACCGACAUUCAACGGUCUCCAUGAUGCCGGAUACUACAACCUCCAACUUGUCGGGCUUUUCUCACAACUCCGGCUCUUCGGUUAGCUUGAACGACGGCCGAGGCGGUUCCGAGUUUGCCCUCUUGGACGCCUUUGAUCCCAUGUGGCGAGAGCAUUACGGCCAUGAUCUCAGCGAGAAGGGGUUGACGGACGACUUUAUUAAGGACAACCAGGAGUUUAUUGUCGACUUCCUCAGAGAAGAACAGGCCAGGCUGAACAGAGAGGCAGCAGCAGCAGCGCCGCCGCCCGCACCACCCGCUCCUCCUGCUCCUCCCGCGCUGCCUUCACCUUCGACCAACGGCCAUGCCGUGAGGGCGCCUCCUCCUCCUCCGCCUGCGCAGCGAUGCCAACGCACCGGCUCCCGUGGCCCUCCCUCCACCGCUGCCUCCAAAGAUAUUCAAAAGGCAGGAGGCAUCGGAUCACUUAAGAAGGUCGACAGAAGCAAGAUCAACGACCGCAGUGCGGCCACUGUUGGAGGAGCUUCUGGUUCGGGCGGUGGAGCUGCGCCUAGCCCUGCAGCUGGUGGUGGCAUGGCGAAUGCCCUGGCAGCAGCUUUACAAAAGAGAAAGGAUAAAGUCAGCAAGAGUGACGAUGAAGAGGAAGAUGAUGACUGGUAA